AUGAUUGCGCACGCCCUUGAGCACGACCACCGCUUUACUUGGGACAGUACUGAAGUGAUCUUAAUGGCUAACACAAGACAGACGCGAUCAUUCCUCGAGGCUUGGCAUUCUGGCACGACCAGCCCAAAUCGCCACGUCGAUCUAGACGUUCACUUCAAGGGUUUACGUACACGCUCGCUGACUUGUUCCUACGCCUUAAAAACUGCCGAGCCCUACUCAGCCAUUGCCUCGCCACCCAUCCGUCGACGCGACGCGACACGACCAACCACAACCGAAACUCUUAACGCCUCCAUCGCCGGCGCACUGACUCCUUACCUCAUCCCGCAUCAAUGGUCAGUCAUCCCCAAUCCAACUGAUCAUCAUUUCUCCCCCCUCCUACUCCUCCUCCUCCUCCUCCUCCUCCUCCUCAUCAUCAUCAUCCUACAGCAGGGGAGCCCAAACGAUUCUCCCUCCCUCUCCCUGCUUCACAAUAUACCAUACGUCAGUGCCCAUCCCUCACGCACGAGCUGUGUGUCUGUCGCUGUCUGUCUCGUCGCGCCAACUGAUCUAGUCGGCUGA